AUGCGACGGGUAAUUGGUUGUGGUCAUUUCUGCUUGUCACGAUUCUGUGAAGAAGUAUGCGACUUGGUGAAAACUCUUGUACCAGCAACUCGAAUUUUGUGGCAAUUGAUUAAAAUUAAAAUGUUGCCCACGCCUGCCAAGUUUCAUUAUGUUUUCAAUUUGCGAGAUCUUUCCCGUAUUUGGCAGGGAAUGCUGAAUGUGAAUGGUGAAGUUAUCUUCAAUAGUUUGAAGCUGCUAGCGUUAUGGCAGCAUGAGUGUUCUCGAGUGAUUGCCGAUCGGUUCACUUGCCAAGAGGACAAAGACUGGUUUGACAAGACAAUCCAUGGAGUAGUUGCAGAGUAUGUGGGAUUGCAGUACUUAAAACUGAUGGACGCUGAGCCGUACUUUGUUGACUUCUUGAGAGAUGCACCGGAACCAACUGGGGAAGAGACAGAUGAUGCAGAGCUAGUAGCACCAAAGAUCUAUGAACCAAUUCCUUCAUAUGACUUUUUGGCCGAGAAGCUUGUUCAGAAUAUGGCUCAGUAUAAUGAGACUCUACGAGGAUCUCAUAUGGACUUGGUCUUCUUCAAGGAUGCAAUGGUUCAUUUGGUCAAAGUUUCACGUGUUGUGCGAAUGCCCCGUGGUAAUGCUCUUCUAGUUGGUGUUGGAGGCUCUGGAAAGCAGAGUUUGACAAGACUUGCUUCAUUUAUUGCUGGCUAUAACACUUUUCAAAUUACAUUGACCAGGUCAUAUAACAUUUCAAAUCUUGUAGAUGAUCUGAAGUACCUUUACAGAGUAGCAGGUUGCAAUGGCAAAGGGAUCACAUUUCUGUUUACGGACAAUGAGAUUAAAGAUGAAGCUUUUCUUGAGUACCUAAACAAUGUCUUAUCUUCUGGAGAAGUAGCUAAUCUGUUCGCUCGGGAUGAAUUGGAUGAGAUCGCUCAAUCUCUAAUACCUGUUAUGAAGAAGGAGUUUCCACGCCGGCCACCAACACCAGAUAACCUUUAUGAUUACUUCAUGUCUAGAGCCAGGAAAAAUCUGCAUGUAGUUCUUUGCUUGUCACCAGUUGGAGAAAAAUUUCGAAAUCGGUCACUUAAAUUUCCUGGUUUGAUUAGUGGCUGUACGAUGGAUUGGUUUAGCAGGUGGCCUAAAGAUGCGUUAGCGGCUGUGGCUCAGCAUUUUUUGUCUAGUUUUGACAUAGUCUGCUCGCAAAAGGUUAAGCAGCAGGUUGUUGAAGCGAUGGGAGGAUUUCACGAUGCCGUUGCUGAAACAUGUUCUGAAUACUUCGCCCGAUAUCGCCGACAAACUCAUGUCACACCAAAAUCAUACUUGUCAUUUAUUAGUGGCUAUAAAAGUACCUAUAGUGAGAAGCAAAGUCACAUGGGUGAACUGGCUGAUCGAAUGAAGACAGGCUUGUCGAAACUUGUGGAGGCAAGUGAGUCUGUUGCUGUACUGUCAGUUGAGUUAGCAGUCAAAGAAAAAGAGCUUGCUGUUGCUUCAGAGAAAGCUGACAAGGUGCUUGCAGAAGUGACUGUAAGUGCACAGGCUGCUGAAAAGGUAAAAGCAGGUGUACAAAAGGUGAAGGACAAAGCACAAGCAAUUGUAGAUGAAAUCGAAGCGGAUAAGUCAAUUGCUCAGUCAAAACUUGAAGCAGCUAAACCAGCUUUAGAGGAAGCUGAGGCGGCUUUGCAGACUAUUAAGGCUGCUCACAUUUCAACUGUCCGUAAGCUUGCCAAGCCUCCGCAUCUCAUUAUGCGAAUCAUGGACUGUGUGUUACUACUCUUUCAACGCAAAUUGGAUUCAGUAGUUCCAGAUCCAGAUCGGCCAUGCAUGAAGCCUUCAUGGGGUGAGUCUCUCAAGUGUAUGAGUCAAAGUGGAUUUCUCAAUUGGCUUCAAACUUUCCCAAAGGAUUCUAUUAAUGAAGAAACAGUUGAACUAUUAAUGCCAUAUUUAGAAAUGGAAGAUUACACCUUGGAAGUUGCGAAGAAAGCGUGUGGUGAUGUUGCUGGAUUGUUAUCUUGGACCAAGGCUAUGGCCUUUUUCUUUGGUGUUAACAAGGAAGUUCUUCCCUUAAAGGCGAGCCUUAUUACACAAGAAGCACGACUAACUGUUGCUAAUGAAGAAUUGAGGCAAGCUCAAGGCCAACUUGAUGAGAAACAGCGUGAAUUAGAUGACGUCCAACGUCUUUAUGAUGCUGCAAUGCAAGAAAAGCAGGCUCUAUUAGAUGAUGCCGAAUCAUGUCGUAGAAAAAUGCAGGCUGCUUCAGACUUAAUUAAUGGUUUGGGUGGAGAAAAAGAGAGGUGGACAUUGCAAAGCAAACAAUUUGAGGAUCAAAUUGGAAGGCUUGUGGGUGAUGUUUUGUUGGCUGCUGGAUUUUUGUCAUACUUUGGUCCAUUCAACCAAGACUUCCGCUUACAAUUGCAAAGAAUUUGGAGAGCUGAUCUAGAUCAACGACAAGUGCCAUGUAGUGCAGACUUGAACGUCUCUUCUUUACUUGUUGAUGCCCCGACUAUAGGGGAAUGGAACCUUCAAGGUCUCCCCAAUGAUGAUUUGUCAAUACAGAACGGCAUAGUGGUGACGAAGGCAUCUCGAUAUCCACUGCUAAUUGACCCUCAAGGCCAAGGAAAGAACUGGAUCAGAAACAGGGAGGAAGACAAUGAACUUCAAGUUACUACCUUACAUCACAAGUAUUUCCGUAGCCACAUUGAAGAUUCUCUGUCAUUGGGAAGGCCAUUGCUCAUUGAAAACAUUGGAGAGGAGCUUGAUCCAGCUCUGGACAAUGUUUUAGAGAAGAACUUUAUUAAGAUUGGAAGAAACAUGAAGGUAAAAGUUGGUGACAAAGAAGUUGAUGUAAUGCCUGGUUUCAGGUUGUACAUUACAACAAAACUAUCCAAUCCAGCUUACACGCCAGAGAUUAGUGCUAGGACUGCUAUAAUUGAUUUUACAGUGACCUUGAAAGGACUAGAGGAUCAGCUUCUCGGUCGUGUUAUAUUGACAGAAAAGCAAGAGUUGGAAGCUGAACGGAGCAAACUAAUGGAAGAUGUUACCGUCAACAACCGCAAAAUGAAGGAAUUGGAAGACAACUUACUACUGCGCCUCACCAGUACUCAGGGUUCUCUUGUAGAGGAUGAGUCACUAAUUGCUGUACUGAAAACAACUAAAGUAACUGCAGAGGAAGUAAGUGAAAAGCUUCACGUGGCAGCUGAGACUGAAAUAAAAAUCAAUGAAGCUCGAGAGGAGUUUCGGCCAGUUGCUGCACGUGGCAGUAUUCUUUAUUUUCUCAUUGUCGAGAUGUCCAUGGUAAAUGUGAUGUAUCAAACUUCUCUCAGGCAGUUUCUUGCAUUGUUUGACCUUGCAAUGGCCAAUUCAGAGAAAUCACCCAUCACAGCCAAAAGAAUAAGGAAUAUCAUAGAGUACUUGACUUUUGAAGUGUUCGAGUACACCGUUCGAGGUCUUUAUGAAAACCACAAAUUUCUCUUCACUUUGCUUUUGGCGCUUAAAAUAGAUCUACAGAGUGGCAAUAUUAGGCACGAAGAGUUCCAAACAUUAAUUAAAGGUGGCGCUGCUCUGGACUUGAAUACUGUAGAACCAAAACCAUUUUCAUGGAUUCUCGAUAUGACUUGGCUUAAUUUGGUGGAUCUCAGCAAACUUAGAAAUUUUUCUGAAUUGCUUUGUCAGGUUGCAAGGAACGAGAAAGGAUGGAAGGCAUGGUUUGAUGCUGAUGCUCCAGAAGAGUCACCUAUGCCUGAUGGCUAUCACAACUCACUAAAUGCUUUUCGAAAACUACUACUUAUUCGGUGCUGGUGUCCAGACCGGACCGUGGCUCAGGCUAGGAAAUAUGUGUCGGACUCUUUAGGAAAGCGUUAUGCAGAAGGUGUAAUUCUUGACCUAGAAAAGAUGUGGAAAGAAAGUGACAUUCGUUCUCCACUGUCAUGCUUUCUGUCAAUGGGUUCUGAUCCGACUAAUCAAAUUGAAGCUUUAGCUAAGAAAGUGAAAGUGGAAUGUAGAGCUAUAUCGAUGGGUCAAGGUCAAGAAGUGCAUGCUAGAAGAUUGCUUCAGCAGUUCAUGGUUUCGGGUGACUGGGUGCUGCUACAAAACUGUCAUUUAGGACUAAAUUUUCUGGAAGAACUGUUUGAUAUUAUCACAAAAACAGAGUCUGUAAACAGUAACUUUCGUUUGUGGAUAACCACAGAAAUUCAUCCACAGUUUUCCAUUAACUUACUGCAAGCAUCCAUCAAGUUCACCAAUGAGCCUCCUCAAGGAGUUAAGGCUGGCCUUAAACGAACUUACACUGGCAUGUCUCAAGAUAUGCUUGAUGUCACAAACAUGCCACAAUGGAAGCCAAUGCUGUAUGCUGUUGCAUUUUUGCACACUACAGUGCAGGAGAGGCGCAAGUAUGGUCCUCUUGGUUGGAAUAUUCCGUAUGAAUUUAACCUAGCAGAUUUUACAGCAAGUGUUCAGUUCAUACGGAAUCAUUUGGAUGAUGUUGACCCCAAAAAGCAUCAUAUGGAUUACACAGGAACAUGCAUCUCUCUGGGACUUACCUGCUGGGUUGGUGGGACCCAGGCAAGGCUAAAGAUGCCACUUGCCGUACUGAGAGGUGCAGACCUGGAGACAGUCAACCACAAUGUGGCAAGCUGUAGUGCCUUGGCACUGAUGGACUACACUGAUCAACACAAUCAGAUUGCCUGCAUCAUCCACUGGGACAUUUUUCGUCAGUUUGAGGUUCCAGUGGAGAAGACCAGAUGGUACUGGCAUCAUGCUGAGAGGCUUGUGGAGAUGGACGACAUUACUAUGAUCUGUUUUGCUGAUGGCAUCAUUGCCUGGAAACAGUUUGAGAAGUUGGUGAAGUACAACGAAUUGCGGGCGGAGGUGGAAUUGUGGGACAGUGGUUGUCCAAGUGGUGUUGGAAGCAUUGGGCACAACAGCCGUGAUGGUCUAAGCCCCUCUGAGGCAGAGUUUGUUCCAGUGCUUACAAGAGACCUUACGAACCAGAUUGAUCUGGUUGGGCACGACAUAAUAUAUGAUAGCAGCUGUUCUGCUGAUGGCAACGUCACCAGGAACAUGCUGGUGUUUAUGGCAUUUAUUGACCUGAGGCCUCACGGGAUUAUCGAGGUGAUAAUCCCUGAGUCUGAGGUGUCGAUAAUGCCAUAA